AUGAUCAAUAAGCGUCGUCCGAAUCCACAAGACAAUAUACUUUAUAUUUUUAAUACCUUGGAAACAUUUAACAUAAUUGGUGAAGCACAUAAACGAAUAGAACAUGGUGGUAGAGAUCGUACAUUAAAAGAACUAAAAUCAAAAUAUUUUAAUAUUACUGAAGAAUGUAAUGAACGAAAAUUGGCGUUAUCGCUGGGGAACAACGACGUGCGUAUAUAUCAAAAAACUGCUGGCAAAUGGAACCUAACAACCACGUGGAGUGAUCAUUUAUCCCGCGUACUAGCUAUUGACUGGGCUCCAACAACAAAUCGAAUUGUUUCUGCCAGUGCUGAUUACAAUGCAUAUGUGUGGACAUGCGAAGAGGGCAAAUGGAAACCACAACUAGUUGAACUACAGCGCACAAGUCGUGCUGUUUGUUGUGCUAAAUGGUCUCCUAAAGAAAAUAAAUUUGCGGUUGGGUCAAGCGAUAAAAAUAUUGCCAUUUGUUAUUAUGAGGAAGAUCAACGUUUUUGGGCAGCUGAGAUGGUUAAAAAAAAGCCCAAGUCAACAGUAACAUGCAUCGAUUGGCAUCCAAACAAUCAACUCGUCGCUGUUGGUAAUUGUGAUUACAGAUGUCGAAUUUAUUCAGCCUAUAUUGACACUGUUGAUUCCAAGCUGGAAACAUCGAGCUGGGGAAAGAUUAGCGGCGCUGGUGAAUUGUUACAUGAGUUUCAGACAGAAUCUGGAUGGAUCCAUGAUGUUGCAUUUUCUCCAUCAGGCGAAAGUUUAGCUUGGGUUUCACACAAUUCAAUCAUAUCAGUAGUCACAGCCAGUAAUACAUCAAGAAUAACCAUGGAGAUGACAAGCUAUUUACCGUUUCGGUGCAUUAUUUUUAUAAGCGAAAAUACUCUUGUCACGGGGGGACAUGAGUUUUCACCAUUGAUUUAUAAGUAUGAUGAACAAAAUGGAACUAUCCAAUACGUUCGGAAAUUAGUUCAAGAAGCAAACACAAAUAGACAGUCGGUCAAACAAAUUGUACCUUAUGAGACAGAGGGAAAUACAAUAUCAAAAAUUAGCUCGGCCGACCUGUUCGGACAAAUUGUUAUAUGGAAAGUUUAG